AUGGAAGUUGGCUGGAACGUUAUCAUUGCCGUGGUCACCACAGCGGCAUGGACAAGUGACGACCCAAUAUUUGGCACAGCAUUCGUGGCGUCGAGGCAUUACCCUGGUGUCACCACUUCUAAGGAAAACACUGCUGCACGAUGGCCGUGGAACGUGGCCAUCCACACUAGUUCCAGAUUCCGGCCGGAGCAGUUCUGCGGAGGUGCACUCAUUACGGAUCAACACAUCCUCACAGCGGCACACUGCGUAGAUGAAGCAACUUUGGAUGGGAUACGUGUACAUCUCGGAUCAUGGCGGAGAAGCGUUUUUGAUAACGGAGAGAUCGCUGUGCUUGUUAAGGAGAUGUGCGUUCAUCAAAACUACACAGGACAUGAAAAUGACAUUGCCGUCCUCAAGCUAGCUCAGCCAGUGAAUUUCACAACCACUGUCCGACCCGUGUGUCUUCCUCAAAGCGAGAAGCACUUGCCCACUGAGACGGAAGCGUACGCAACAGGCUGGACAGGAGACAGUGGAGCACCCGCGGUGCAGUUCAUCGAUGGACACUGGUUCAUUCAAGGUGUGCUCUCUGGCGGCCCUCUGAAAUGUGGUGACAGAACACUGCCCAUGGUGUUCACGCGGGUUUCUGACUUCGUAAAGUGCUUCAUCAACCCGUACCUUCGUGCAAAAACCUUCAAUCAAAAAGUUCAAGUGUGCACGCUCACGUGA